UACAAAGAAAAAAACCGAAGCAAUCCUCACCAACCCCAUCCAACCACCACCAUUCCUACACAUUUUAAAACUGUCCCAUCAUUCCAUCCCUCCAUCUUUCCCGUUCGCCGGAAUCUCGCGGCCGCACGAACCAUGCCGGACGAUGCUUCCUCGCCUCCUCCGCCGCCGCCCAACUUCUGGGGGGACAUGCCGGAGGAUGAAUACUACACUUCCCAGGGUGUCCGAAACACCAAAUCCUAUUUCGAAACCCCCAACGGCAAAAUCUUCACGCAGUCCUUCCUGCCGCUGGAUCUCCCCGUCAAGGCCACCGUCUUCAUGACCCACGGCUACGGCUCCGACACCGGCUGGCUCUUCCAAAAGUUCUGCAUCAGCUUCGCCGGCUGGGGCUACGCCGUCUUCGCCGCCGACCUCCUAGGCCACGGCCGCUCCGAGGGCCUCCGCUGCUACCUCGGAGACAUGGAGAAGAUCGCCGCCACGUCCCUCUCCUUCUUCCUCAGCGUGCGCCGCAGCGACGAAUACAGGCACCUGCCGGCCUUCCUCCUCGGCGAGUCCAUGGGUGGCGCCGCUACCAUGCUGAUGUACUUCCAGUCGGAGUCCGACACCUGGACCGGCCUGAUUUUCUCAGCACCACUCUUCGUCAUUCCAGAGAACAUGAAGCCAUCCAAGGUGAGGCUGUUCGUGUACGGGCUGCUGUUCGGCUUGGCAGACACGUGGGCGUCGAUGCCGGACAACAAGAUGGUCGGAAAAGCCAUAAAAGACCCGGAGAAGCUGAAGAUAAUCGCCAGAAACCCAAGAAGGUACACGGGGAAGCCGAGGGUGGGGACGAUGAGGGAGCUGGCGAGGGUGUGCGAGUACAUCCAGAGCAACUUCCACAGGGUGAAGGCGCCGUUCCUGGCCGCGCACGGCACGGCGGACGGCCUGGCCUGCCAUACCGGGUCGCAGAUGCUGUACGAGAAGGCGUCGAGCGCCGACAAGACGCUGAAGCUGUACGAGGGCAUGUACCAUUCGUUGGUACAGGGCGAGCCCGACGAGAACGCCAAUCUUGUCUUGGCCGACAUGCGGGCUUGGAUUGACGAGAGAGUCGAGACGUAUGGCUCGCAAAUGUAAAUUUCGAUCAAAUUAAGCAACAUAUAUCAAUAAUAAUAAUAAAAAUAAAAUGCCGCUAGUGGCAUAGUCAAGUGAUAAAGGUGUAGGUUGAAAGCUUGUCUGAAGGUUCUUAGUGUGAGUUCGAUUGCUUGGGGAAGUAGAAUGCUUCUUUCUGGUGAGGACCUUAGAAGUGAUAUUAGUGGUGUUAAGGUCUAUCACCCUAAUCAUUUAGGCACAUCUCUCGAUUUACCUCCUCAGUGUAGUUCUAGGGGUAAGGUGGUUGAGGAUGUUAGUAAUGAGGCGUAAUCCAAAAAAAAAAAUAAUAAAAAUAAAAUUGACGAUAAUGAUUCACCACCGCCGUCGUCGUCGUCGUACUGUUGAUUGUCGUACUGUAUCCAACUGUGUAAUUAACUCCAAAAUUGGCAAGGAGUCGAAAUUUGCUGUCCCAA